AUGGCUAAGUUAAGGGUCGAUCUGAAUAAAUGCUCCAAGCAGCUCGAGGAAGAGAAAGACAAGAGUGCCGAGCAGGCGACGCAGCUGGCUCGACUUAAUAAACAGGCUGCCUCCUUUGAGUCUAAAAUCCACUCGGCCAACACCAGAAAACUCCGAGCCAUUGAAGAUUUAGAGAUAAAAAAUAAAGAGUAUCGAGUGUUGGCUCAGAAUCUGAAGGAGGCUGAGGCUGCCCCGAAGGCAGAAUGGGACAGAUGGUCGGCUGAGCAGACUGCCGCAAAGACCCAGCUCACUGCAAAAGAUGAGGAGCUGGCGGCACUGAAGGCAGAGUUGGACGCUUCCCGAACGGCCUUGGAGACUUAUCAGGAGGCCGAGUCAAAACUGCGUCUGGAGGAGGAUGCAAUUCGCGCCAAAGAAAAAGAGCUUCUCACCGCUAUUACUCCGCCGCCUCCAAUCGAAGAGCCGACUCCUUUAGCUGAGGUACCUAGUUCUUCGGCAGUUCUUGAGGCUCCCGAAGGUCUUUCCACAGAAAUUCCUGUUGCUCCUUUACCCACUGUUGCUUCUCCAGUGGCUGCUGCUUCUCCAGUGGCUGUUGCCACCUCAUCGUCCGCCCCUCUUCCUAUCAUUGAACUCACGUCUCCUGGUAGCCCAGGUAAAUCGAUAGCUGAAAUUGCUACCGGCAAGCGUCCGGGGCGCAAACUUACCAGGGUUCCUCCGUCAAAAAGGAGGCUUAUCCUUCCUGCUGACAAACUGCGAUGGAUAGAAAACAUGGGCUUAUCUCGGUUGAUGCACAAUUUAUACAACGAGAACAAGAAGCUGAGAUAUGAGAAUGACAAGCUGAGACAACAAGUUACUGAGUUAUCUUCUGCCGCAUUUUCCGCUGCUUCCAAGAAUCAACUUGAAGCUCAAAUUGAAAGUCUUCAAGCACAAUUCAAAUUAGCUAUGGAUCUUAACCAAAAAUUAACUUCCAAGCUUGGCAAAUUAAAGGCUGAUUAUGAAUCGGAGUUGGCUGAAAAGCUUAAAGCCUUACAGCUGAAAGAUGAUGAAGUAACUUCUUUGAACACCUCCUUAAAUUCAGCUAAAACCGAGGUCUCUAUCAAAGAAGACAAAUUGAAGACUUCCCAGACAGCUUUGGUGGUCUACAAGGCGAACGAAGAUACUCGCUACAAAGAAAGGGCAACACCAUAA